AUGGCUAUGGCCGUUAGGUCGCAAACGCCGGUGCAGGACCCCUAUGGCACCCUCCCUCAGCAUCCCGAUUCUUUAAUAAACCGCGGAGCAUACGGCGCGCGCUCCAGUUCCCGACCCAACUCCAUCAUCGCCAGUACCUCCGGCUACAAUAACGUCACCCACGCCGCCGACCCCACCUCUCACCCUCACACCGGUCGCUUCCACGAGGAGUUCGACGCUGCCAGCCAGCGCGGCUCCGUUCUUGUAGACGGUCCGUCGAGCGCUGGUAUGCAACGCUCCGCUUCACAGAUGUCCCAGUCUCGAUCCGCAACUCCGACCAGAUCCAGCACUUUGAGAAAGAAGGCCUCCCUCAGUAAGAGAGGCAGCAUGCGUCGCAGUGGUAGCAAGAGAAGUCUGCGGGCGGGUAGCGUACGAAGCCUCGUCCUGGGCGAUAGAGAGAAAUAUGGCGUCGAUGGCGAAGAUCCGAACAGCGCAUUCUAUGUUCCCGUUCCGACGGAUGGAAGCCCGACCGAGGUAUUGGCCAACCGCUUCCAAUCGUGGCGCAAAAUCCUCAAAGACCUUAUCAUCUUCUUCAAGGAAGUGCAGAAGUCGUACGAAACACGCUCGAAACUCUUCAUGUCCUCCUCGAACAUCAUGAACAACACAUCACUGCCGCCGACAUUCCUCAAGUCGGGAGGUCUGGCAGAUGCGACCGGGAUCUUGCGCGACUUUCACCGCCAGGGCUAUCUGGAAGCGACUAAGGCGGCCGAGGUGGAGAGCGAGGUUGUCAAUCAGCUUAUGGGUCUCCGUAAUGAUCUGCAGAAGAAGACUAAGGAGAUCCGCAGCCUGUCGGGUGAUUUCCGAAACUCCGUCGACAAAGAAGUUGACGCUACUCGCAAGGCCGUUCGACACUUACAUGAGGCCCUGGGUUUGGUCGACACCGAUCCAUCUGCGACUUCUGGAAAGGGCGAUCCUUUCAUUGUUCGGUUGAGUGUGGACAAACAAAUUGAGAGGCAAAUGGAAGAAGAGAACUAUUUGCAUAGGGCAUUCCUAAACUUGGAAAAUUCCGGUCGGGAGCUAGAGUCUAUUGUUGUCAGUGAGAUUCAGAAGGCUUAUAACGCCUAUGCCAGCAUCCUCAAGCGGGAGGCUGACGAAGCCUACGAUACCGUGGAGAAACUCCGCGCUGGACCCAUCUCGAUGCCACACGAUCAUGAGUGGAACGCAUUUAUUGCAGACACUGACGAACUGGUUGAUCCCGGGGUGCCUCUCCGUGACAUCGAGAACAUCACCUACCCAGGAAAGGACCACCCCGCCGCCGCAGAGGUUCGGUCGGGUAUGCUGGAGCGUAAGAGCAAGUAUCUCAAGAGCUACACGCCCGGCUGGUAUGUCCUGUCGCCCACUCACCUCCAUGAAUUCAAAUCUGCCGACCGCGUCGCAUGGCAACAACCGGUGAUGUCAUUGAACCUCUUGGAUCAGAAACUGGGGUCGCACUCGCAGCCCGACUCGACCUCGCACAAGUUCAUGCUCAAGGGAAGACAGACCGGAACCAUGCACCGGGGUCACUCGUGGGUCUUCCGCGCAGAAACUCAUGAGACAAUGAUGGCCUGGUACGAAGACAUCGAGAGCCUGAUGUCCAAGACGGGUGAGGCUCGGAACGCAUACGUGAGACGCCAUGUCCGCACCGUGAGCGGCUCCAGUUUCCGCAAUAGCAGCGACGGAAUGGACGAGGAUGAAGCGGAUAGAACUCCCUACUCUGCGGAGUCAGCCGUCCUGUACCAAGAGCGUCCCACUUCCCAGCCCCGCCAACCAGGAGGCCGCUUUCCCAGCGAUGUCCAGAUAGACCGUCACUUGGAGGCGCCUCUGUCGCCUUCCAGCGGCGAGAGCUCCGGUGACAGAGACCUGCUGGCGGCGGCCGGCUCCUUUUCCGAUCCUCGGCCAUUCAACAGCGCCAUGACCGACGGUGAGGCAAAUGAUAGUCACUUGGAGAACCAAGGGUAUCCCCAGCCAGUCGAAAGGCACGACAGCCACUAUGGCACAUAUAUGGAAGCUGGAGGUUAUAAUCAAGCAGCGCAGCAAGGUUAUGACCGGGAUUACCAGAACCGAGAGACUGGCGACGCCAUCUUUGUCACUGGGAUGGGUUCCACGAGCUCGCGAGAUCCAUCUUUGACCCGCCAACGCAACCGCGGCGAAAGCGCCUCAACCGCGCCCACGGCCACGAACGGGACAGAGUAUACACACAACACCCUUCCCAGCUCCAUCGACGAGCAUGAGGAACCCAACGUUGAUAUUGUUGGGGUUGAGCUCGACGGCGCAGCCAAGCAGCCCAUGACAACCACCGACCAUGAGGGAAUUAUACAUGCUGGCCCGUCUGUCGGCACUGUUGCCACCGACAUGGCCGUCACACAAAAUGGCAGUGCUAAACGACCUCCAGCACGAACCAAGGGCAGUGUCUCCACUCUUGAACUGCAAAUCCCAGGUCAUUAUCCUCCUGCAAAUAACCUGUCGCCAUAG